ACCUAACAUUAUAUAGUGGUAUUGAAGGUGUCCAACAAAUUCACGGCUUCGAUGCUAACCCCAAUGCUUAAUCGGAUAAGGGGGUAGGUACAGUAUGACGACGAAGAAAUAUGCAGGCUACAGCGAGUUCGGCGACGUUGGUUCAUAUGUCGCAUAUCCCCUACGCCCUCCAACAACAUUUUGGAAUUCUACAAACUUAAGUCUCGAGAAGUCAUGCCGACAACUUGAUAUCUCGUUCCAUAUCUACCUACCCAGUACGCAAUAGAAAUAAUGACAAGCCGUACCCCUAACCCCCUUGGCCCACCCGUUGGUGGUAACACGGCUCAACGUCCGUCCCGGGAGACGAGAUUAGUUGGUCGACACGUUACACUGGUCGGCGUGUCAAGUGCGCAACAUGCAGAUCAGCUCUAUCCGCAUAUCUCAGGGCCGGAGAAUGCGUAUCUCUGGGAUUACCUGUUUGACGGACCGUUCGAUGACAUUGCUGUAUUCCGAGCUAAUCUCAAAGCUAAGGAGACUAGUCAAGAUCCCGUCUUUUACUCGAUCCUAUUGAAUGAUCAGGGGAACAACGAGGUCGUCGGUAUGACUAGCUACCUGCGAAUUGAGCCCGGCCAUCGCUGUAUCGAAGUUGGCAGCUUAUUAUUCUUGCCGAAAUUACAGCGCACGCCAGCUGCCACCGAAGCCAUGUAUCUGAUGGCGAGACACGUGUUUGAGGACUUGGGAUAUCGGAGAUACGAAUGGAAGUGCAAUGAACUCAAUGCCCCAAGUCGGAGAGCGGCUUUGCGUCUUGGGUUUACGUAUGAUGGUCUCUUCAGAAAACACAUGAUCGUUAGGGGUCUCAAUAGAGAUACUACUUGGUUUUCGAUGAUUGAUGACGAUUGGCCCGGUAUUAAACAAGCUCUGGAAGCUUGGUUAGACCCUUCAAAUUUCGAUGGUGAGGGCAAGCAGAAGAAAAGGUUAGAAGAGUUCCGGCAAUGAUAAAUAGGAAGAAAGGUAUUUUAUGUACUAGGUAGAUUAUUUUUACUUUUUCUUUUUGGUGAGAGGGAAAAGUACCUACCUACAUUGUAAUUUGUGGCAGAUCAUUAAUGUGGCGCAAACGCAAUUAAUCAGCU